CGUCAUCAAACGGCAGGCGACGAUAGACGACGGAAGAAGCCGAACAGCAUCUUGGGACUUGCAGUUUGAAUCGUCAACUUUCUGAAUCUACAUUUUUUUUGUUUGCGGUUGUUGUAUAUUAAGAAACCCAGCCGCGACAUGUUGCCGAGACGACUGCUGGCCGAGGCGCCACAGCAACCUGAAGCUCCGGUCUGGGACUUCAUUACAGACAGAAGUCAUGACACAGAUGGAGCUGCUGACGUUGGUUUCAUUAACAAACCAAAGACUGCUUUACAAAGCCUUUGUGCAGAAGAUGCAGAUGUCCGACAGACCUGCGCGGCGGUUCGCCCUCAUGCUCCUCCUCCUCUUAGGAAGCGGCCAGUGUCAGCAGAGUGACAGCCGCCGUGCCGUGACUGAGCACCAGCUGAUGCACGACCGCGGCAGGAACAUCCAGAGUCUGAAGAGGCUGAUCUGGCUGUCCAGCGCCAUCGAGGGCCUCCACACCGCUCAGGCUCGCUCGGCCGCUCGGAGCCCCCCAGAGGUCCUGGACCCAGCUGCUGCGAGCGGCCUACAACCAGAGCAGCUCCAGAGCAUCCUGAGGGACUUCUUCUACCCCCAGGUGUCCCGGCUGUCCGACGGAGCGGCCUAAGUUCUACGGAUCUGGUAACGGAUCUGUAGACCUCAAAAUGAACUUUACCUGGAAACAGGUGUGUCUCAAAGGUUCAGGUUUGUCCUCAGAUGUUUGUCAACAAUGCAGAUUUGAUGAUCCCUGUUAAAGUUUUAGUGUUACCUG